GCGCCUACUGAUUACGUAGCGGGUGGGGCCGGAAGUGCCGCUCCCGGAGUGGGGGCUGUUCAUGGCGGUUUCGGGGUCUCCGACAGUUUCGCAGGUUGAGGUUCAAGAACCUCCCGAAGCGGAGUCGGCGGAGCUUGAGGUUCUUGCUGGUGUGAAAUGACUGAGUACAAACUGGUGGUGGUUGGAGCAGGUGGUGUUGGGAAAAGUGCUUUGACAAUCCAGUUAAUCCAGAACCAUUUUGUGGAUGAAUAUGAUCCCACCAUAGAGGAUUCUUACCGAAAACAAGUGGUAAUUGAUGGUGAGACUUGUCUGUUGGACAUACUGGACACAGCUGGACAAGAGGAGUACAGUGCCAUGAGAGACCAAUACAUGAGGACAGGCGAAGGAUUCCUCUGCGUAUUUGCCAUCAACAAUAGCAAAUCAUUUGCAGAUAUUAACCUCUACAGGGAGCAGAUUAAGCGAGUGAAAGACUCUGAUGAUGUGCCUAUGGUGCUGGUAGGGAACAAAUGUGACUUGCCCACAAGGACAGUUGACACAAAGCAAGCCCAUGAGCUGGCCAAGAGUUACGGAAUUCCAUUCAUUGAAACCUCAGCUAAGACCCGACAGGGCGUGGAAGAUGCCUUUUACACACUGGUAAGGGAGAUACGCCAGUACCGAAUGAAAAAGCUCCACAGCAAUGAUGAUGGCACCCAAGGCUGUAUGGGGCUGCCCUGUGUGGUGAUGUAGUAAGACUCUUUGAAUGUUCUGUCACCAGAAAAGAGCCACUUUCAAGCUGCACUGAUGCCCUGGUUCUGACAUCCCUGGAGGAGGUGUGUCCCUGCUGCUCUCUGCAUCUCAUCGGAGCUCCUGCUUCCUGCUUCCCUGACUCAGUGGAUGAGCACAGCCAUCUAACCUGAGACCUCUGAACAACUACCUCCUCACUGGGCUGUCUGACCAGAGAAACGCACCUGUUGCUCCCCAGUAGUUUCCUGACCUGGGCUCUCCUUAGAAACAAACACACCUCUGCCAACCGGCUCUGUCCUGAAAGCAAUUUACACUCUGAUAAAGAGAACCAGACAUGCGCUUCUCUUGACAACAGUUUCUUAAGCUCUAAGGUAGCAACUGCUGGUGAUUUUCCCCCUCCCCUAACUGUUGAACUUGGCCUUGUUAGUUUGGGGGGAAAUAUCAGAUUACUGUUUUCCCACGGAUAUAACUAAUGUUGCUGAUAGGUUGAUUUGUCUGUGAUCAGCUGUAUUCCAUAAACUGGCAUCUGCUCUGUGUUCAUAAACGGAAACAUGGACACUGACUUGAGUCCAUCUAGUCUUCUCGGCUGCACGAAAUUAAACCCAACUCUCACAACCAAGUGCCUUUUUCCUAAAAGUGGGCUGUAGGCUUCCUUGACAGUUUGUAAGUGGGAGAGAUGUUUCAAGAACCAUUAUAUAGGAAAGUGACUAUGAGCCAAUGAGCCAUCUACCUUUGAGGGAAAGGUGUAUGCACCUGAUGGCAGAUGCCAUGUCUGUAUGCAUGAAGAGUUUCCCUGUUUGGGUUCUCCCAAGAGAAAGGUGAUACUGAAACAAUUAUGAGUAAUUUCACUUAAUUGUUAAUCUAAUCUUUUUUUUUUUGUAGGUUACUACCUAUAAAUAUUUGUAAUUUCUCCUAGUUUACUGAUACUUUAGUAUUCAAUGAACUUCCAUUAUAAUCAAAUUUGGGUAUACCAGGAAACUCUCCAUCUAUAGUUAGUCAGAUACCAUAAAAAUUAGUAUGUUAUUAUUACUUUAUAGCUAUGAUCAGUGAUUCUUCCAACCUGAAAUAUAGUUUAUUAGCAGAAAGAUUAUAUCUUGGCUGCAUCGUUAUUCAUGGCAUAUAUAUAUAGAGAAAGAGAAAGAGAGAAAGUUGCCCUUGGCCCCCUUCUCACUGCCCCCUUCCCUCAUCCUAUAGCAGUUCAAGCAGCCCACAAGGGCUUGAAUAAUUAUUUCAGUUGAAUAAACCAUGGUGCUAAUGGACCAGGGUCAUGGUUUCAAAACUUGAACAAGCCAGUUAGCAUCACAGAGGAAAAAAAUUCACCCAUAUUUGCUCCCUGCCCGUUACUUCUGCCUAUAGAUUUUUGCCUGAUGCCUGCUGUUAGCGCUACAAGAAUAAAAGUGUGGUCCUGUACCAGGACUGGAUACACUUGGUGUGCAGUGGGGUAAACUUAGAAGUCUACAUUUUCAGACCCUUAUUUUUAGCACAUGGAAACUAAAGCCAGAGUUCAUACCUUCAUCUCUCUCCCUGUCAGAUAACUGUUCUUUAUAUAGCUUUUUUAAAGUAUUUAUUUAAAACAUGUCAAUAAGUUAAUUUGCCAAAUAACAAAAGCUGAUGUGUUCGUUAAAGUCAAGAGUUAUCUUUUGCUGUUUGAGAUAAGAAUGUAAAUGCCAUUAAUGGUUGGUGUAUAGGGGCUUGGUAUUUCCAUUUGCAGGUAAUGCCCUGGUAAUUCAUUAGUGGGUUUUGUUUUUUGUGAUAAUGCUUAAACUCAGCCCAGUAAUGCUAAUGAAAAAGUAAAAUUGGGUACCUUGUUGAAAAAAACAAAACUAAUUCCCAAAUGGCCACUUUCUCUUCUGUUCUACUAAGAUCCUCUGGUUCUUUUGUUAGUGACAGGCCUGGCUGUACAGAUCUGGCUGGCCUCAAACUCACAGCAGUCCUCUUGCAUCAACCUCCCAAGUGCUGGGGUUACAGGCCUGUUCCACCACACCUGGCUGACCCUUUACUUUCUAGUAGGAAUUUUCAUGGUUUAGCAAAUUCCCCAUCACCUUGGAAUUAAUUCAGAAGAGGGAGAAACACACACUGUGCUCCUCAGUGCUAAUGCUAGAACCAUUCGUGUGCGGGUCUGCUUUCCUAAGUGCCCCCUUUUAGAGCAUUGCUCAGUCGUCUUCCGGAAGCUGCUGAGGCCGUCACCUUGGCUUGUUCUGUUUUAAUGUGUGUGUGACUGGUGAUGUUUACCUAAAAAGUCUUAAACUUAGUGUCCAGUUAAGGAGAAAGUUACUCCUCUUGGCUUCUUUUGAUCAUAUCCCUUGUAUGUAUAUGUCUAUAGUUGGUCUCCAAUAUGUUCUGAGCACAGAAGUAUACAAAUUGAGCCAAUUCAGGCUUCAGAUGCUCUUGGUAGCUUAUGUCCCACAGGGUAUGGAUUUUUGCACAACAGUGACAGACUGAAAAGCUGAGUAAGUUGAGUUGGUGUGGUAUCAAAAAGUGGGUUUAGAAUGUGAUUGCUAAAGAUAGUUCUGGUUUACCUCAACUGCAAAGCCUCUCCCUGAGUUUAAGUGCCUGCCCGGCUGUCACAAAUGACCGUAUUCUUUUAAGGCAGUUAGUAAUUUGAAGCUUUGUUCACACACUGGCGAGUGUGAAAAUGAAGUAUUCUAAGAGCUAUGAUACCUAGUCUGUGUAAACCGUUGACUGCUGUUCACUGCAGUGCUUAGAGUAUGUGAGUUGGCAACGCAGUACUGUUGACUAGUGUCCCGGAAGAGUGCUGUGUGUGAAGUGGAUGUUGGUUGGGUUUAGCCAACCAUCUGUAGAAUCAGCCUUUUAACUGCUGUGAACUUUUCCAUGACUUGAAUAUGAAGACAGACAAAAACAUUAUAAGGAGAAACAUUUGUUUUUCCCAUUCCAGAGUGUGUGAGCUUAGUCUUCUUAUCUUCGUGUUUAGUCAUAAACUCUCAAGCUGGCAGCUACAACCAAGGGUCAGAAAUGGUGCAUUCUGCCUCAUGUAAUUAUCUCUGCUAACUAGGAGAAGCAGAGUUAAUGACGGAAAACAUCUUGCCUGGGUGGUUUCUAAAAAAAAAAAAGAGCAAGAGAUGAUAAUUCUUAAACAUUAGUUUUAUUUUUGCUAUUUCUUUAAGCUGUCUGAUGUGCCACAAAUUUAUUUUAAGGUGUUUGUUUUUUAUAAUUGUCUUAAGAGUGUUCUCAUGAGAUUAGUUGUCUGAUUUUUCAAAAUACAGCUGGGUUUUAAAAGUCUGAGUACUGCUCUAGGCAGGUAUGUGAGCUCUGGAGAGAAGGGAGGUUGUGGAAGUUGUUGACUUUUGUAGAUCCGUGCUGUCAAAUAAAGGUCAGAACGUAACUGUGCACACCUGCUGUUCCAGCAAGAACUGUGGCCUCUGUGACCCUACGUAAAGGGCUGAUGUUAUAAGUUGACUGUUAUAUUGUAAAUUAAUCCAUUCUAAUUUUUAAAAUCUUGAUUAUUUUCCUUGUUAAAUAAUUUUAAAAAAUAAAAAACUGGAAGUUCUUUGCUUACCUGUA